GGCGAGGACGAUCUCUCGUGGACUGGUAGUCAAACGACGGGCGUUGAUGUGAACGGAUCGCUUGAUUUUAGGUGAAAAGCCCUCCUAUUUUUCAAACGUUUACACGAUUUAUCUCGGGUUCUACGGAAUUAAUCCCUGAAUUUUAAAUUUUGAGAGUGAAUUUACCUACGGUAAACGCGAUAACCACGAUAUAAAUAAAUUAUUUCGCUAGGAAAAGCGUGAAAGUUGAAUUAUCUAAAAAAUACAACUUUUAUCAUCAACUCGGAAAAGUGAUUUUACUGCAUUGAGAAGUUGAGGGAAAGAUAUAUUUUUUUUCAUGAUAUUUGAGAAAAUAGUAUUGAAAUUUUUGUGAGUGAUUUUUUUUUCGAAAACCAGUGUUGUGUGUUAACUACGAGGUGAUAUACAAAGUGAUGAGAAUCCCGAUGGAUUAACGGGGGGAAAAAAGUACAAUUUUCUCUUCUGUGUAAACACGAGGAUCACAGUGGAAAGCCUGCGUGUCAUUACGCAUGAGGGUCCCAUGGCUACCGGAUUGGUGAAGUGGUGGCGAGCAAGAUUCCUCGCUGGGUACAAGCCCUUUUCCGUUGUGGGAGGAAUAGCGGAGGGAAGUGACUCUGAAGAGUUAUUAGCGGGGGGCGUUGGUACACCGUGUAACAGCUCACCACUGCCACCAGCUACUGCAUCUCUUCUUGUAACACCGGAAACUCAACCAGUAACAGCUAACACUCCAGCACCAACUCCCCAUGUUCAAGUCAAUCAGAAUGAUGAUCAACAGCAGACAGCUCCCAAUAAUACGAGACAGCUCAGCUUUGAGGAAUUCGAGUGUGACGUGUCCGUGGCAGAGGGCAAUCGUCGCCGCCAGGAGUUCUCCUUCACCCUGUACGACUUCGAUGGUCACGGAAAGAUAACAAAAGAUGACAUUGCUGGCCUUGUUACGACUAUUUACGAUACCCUAGGUGCAUCAAUUCAGGUACCACCUUGUGGCAGUAAAACCAUCAAAGUCAAGCUAACAGUAUCGCCGGACAAAGGUACAGGCCAGGGUGUCACAAACAAUUCUGCAAAUGCAAAAUCAACCAAUCUACCCUCUACUACACCGUGCUGCCAUGUCAAGACUGUCAGUGCGUGCAGUCACGCAACGCACGCAAAUCGCAGACUUCCGAGAAGGAGGCGAGUGCCUCGUAAUCGGGCUGAGCCUGAACGUGUGAUGGAGUCACACAGUGAAGAAGACGCUGAUAAUGUACCUCCCCUCAACAUAACGAAGCAGGAGGAAUUGAGAAAACGAGUUGGACCAGUACCUCAUUUUCCAUCGCCUUACUCAAACAGUUCCGAGGGUGAUGUAAGCGAUGACAGUGAUGCAUCACCGACAAUUACACCUUUAACGCCGUUAGUUAAUAAUCACCGUAAACGCUCUGGGUCAAUGCAGAGACAACAGUUACUCGAGAUUAUACAGGCCAAUAUGGAGAAGAACAAUCUCAGUUUCCAUGCAUCUAGGAAACGACACCAGACUGAUCAUCUCCGAGUACCCCUGGAGCGCUCAUACACCGACCCAUCGUCUCCCUACACGCAGAGAAGUCGUCCCCCUUCAGCUCAACGCACCCCACCAGCCUAUCACAAACCAGUGCGAGAAUAUUCCCAUCACUCGACGUCUCUCCCAAAGUUGACGACCAAAUGUCGUGGAAAUUUGCGAAAAACGAGAAAUCACCAGAGCACAACACCCCAGAGAAACGUUCCCCCAUCAACUACAAAAUCCCUGAGGAACAAUCUCCAAUCGAGUCCAGUGGUGAAUCCCAACAUUCUGAAUCCCCAGGAGGCUCAGAAUAACCAGACUAACGUUAAUCAAAUGAACAAUCAGAAGAAUGACGUGGAAUUCAUUCCUCAGGGUAAGAGCAGUAAGAAACACCAGCUUAAGCAUGCAACAAGAGAACAAGAUCAGGCCAGGGCUAUGGCACAGGUGGUGCGCUGGCUCGAGAGGGAAUUUUCACAGACUGCUGCUGCAAGCUCCUCUGGCCGGAGGCAUGUCCACGAACACAUCCAUCAUCAUUAUCACCAUUAUCAUGCUGAGGCACUUGUCUAAUUUUUUUCGAACGAGAUUAGAAGAGAUGAAGAAGUCGAUAAAGUACUUGACGUUGGAGGGGAAUUUUUUUAUUGGAAAGAUUACUUGAUGAGACGGGAGUUCAGGGGGAAAUAUGAAAAUGUCUUGUUUACGGGGAACUUUGUGGUCUAGAAAAUAAAAUGAGAGGAAAUUUGUUGUAAAUGUAGUUGUUAGGAGGAUAAUUAAAAAAUUUCGCAGUUGAUAAUUUUAAAUUUGUCGAUUGUCUGCAACGAAAAGUUUAGAAAAAAAUUGGCGUGAAAGAUUUUUCAAAAGGGGAAUGAGAAUAUUAUUUUAUCGACUUCUUCAUCGUAUACAUUGCUGGUGAAAUUUUCCAACUGUUUUCAACUGCAAUUAUUCAAAUUUGAAGAUUUUCUAUAAUGGUCUUUUUACUUUACGGAAUUGGGAGAUGAAACAACAAUUUUUUCUACUUUUUCCCCUGAGUUCUGCAUGUUUUUGCAUAAAUGAAUGAAUGGAAAAAAUUGAAUUAGUUUUUUCAUAAAUUUAGUCAUUUGCAGGACAAAUUAAAUUUAAGUUUAGGCAUUUUCUAAUUAAACUCCUUCAUGUCAUAUCUCCCAAUUUCACACUAUUGAAUUUAUAGACUGACUGAGAGGGCCUACGAACAAUUCAUACCCCAAAAAGCUUAAAAAAUCCAUAAUAUUUAAAUAAUAAUUUUCCAAUAAUGCAAAACCGAGAAAAAAAUCAUUCGUAAGGUCUUCCUCACCCUCACUCGUCCCCUCGCGACAAUAUUUUUGUACGUAGUCUCACGAUGAACAAAUAAUCGAAACAAAACAGAGUAUUAAUAAAUCUAUUUAGCAAUAAGUCCCCCACUAAUUACUCUAAGUAAGUUAAUUAAAUGUUAAUUAUAGAAGGAUCCCCGGGAAGUGGAUGAUAAUACCGAUGAUGAAAAAUAAAGAUAUUUAAAUAAAUAAAAACUCCCAUUUUACUCUUCCAUUGAACAAAACAAAGUGUGAUUUUGUUUAAUUAAAAAAAAAAGUAAAACAGGGAGAUGUAAUUUUGUAUUGGAAAAAACUUUGUAACCGAUGUAGAUAUUUUUUAUCAUGUAACUCGAUUUUUUUUCUAUUGAUAUUUAUUAAAACACUUCUUUUUUAUACUGUA